CCGCCGCACUCCGCCCGAUAGUUAUCCCGAUCAAACCACCCAUCUUCACCCGAACUCAUUGUUCCUCCUCCGGCUCAGGCGCCGGCGCCACCUCUCUUUCCCACCUCAAACCCUACGUCAAGUCCGAAUGGCAACCGAUCCUCUGCGGGUGGGCCUGCAGUUCGGUCUCCGUUUACUGUCUUUCCAAACUCGUCCCCGCCAUCGGGGAGCUCUCUGCGUUGAUGACCCCAACAGACGCCAUGAAGAUGAAGGAGCGGAGCUUGAUCUUGGGGGCUCUGUAUCUGGUUAGACUCGUCUCCAACUACCUCCAACAGGAUUUCCUCUGGAAUGCAUCGUUGAGCUCUGCAUAUAAGGUUAGAGUUUUCGUGUUCCGGAAGGUUUUGGAAAGGGAUUUGGGAUUCUUCGAAGGCGAGAGUGGGGUUGCUUCGGGCGAUAUUGCUUAUCGGAUCACUGCAGAGGCUUCUGAUGUUGCAGAUACUGUUUAUUCUCUCUUGAAUACAAUUGUACCCUGCACCUUACAGCUAUUAGCAAUGGCAUCUCAGAUGUUGGCAAUCAGUCCUAGUCUGUCUUUAAUUUCAGCAUUGGUGAUUCCACUGAUGGUUUUUGUCAUUGGAUUCCUCGGUGAAAAGCUUCGUCAUCUAUCCAAUCAAGCACAUCUUACUGUUGCUGGUCUAUCUGCCUACCUCCAUGAGGUACUUCCAUCAAUUCUUUUUGUGAAGGCAAAUAAUGCAGAAAGCUAUGAAAAUUCUAGGUUUGAAUCCCUUGCUUCAGAUGAUCUAUCAGCAAGUUUAGAAAGGAAAAGAAUGAAAGCAUUUAUUCCACAGUUGGUGCAAGCAGUGUACUUUGGGAUCUUAUUUACAUUUUGUGCUACCUCGCUGAUUAUUUCAAGAGGAUCUUUUGAUUGUUCUGCCAUGGUUUCUUUCGUGACGUCACUGGUUUUGUUAAUUCAGCCCAUUCAGGACGUCGGAAGAGCCUACAAUGAAAUAAAACAAGGAGAACCGGCUAUUCAGCGUUUGUUUGGUCUGACAAGUUUCAAAUCUAAGGUGGAUGAUCAACAAAAUGUAGUAAACUUGGAUUGCAUUGCUGGAGAAGUAAACUUUUCUGAUAUAUCUUUUAGAUACGGAGAGAAUGGGCCCCUCGUUCUGAAAGGAUUAAAUUUUCAUAUUAAAGCUGGACAGACUGUUGCUCUUGUUGGACCAUCCGGUGGAGGAAAGACCACUAUUGUAAAACUCCUCCUUCGCCUCUAUGAUCCUCUUCAAGGUACCAUACAGGUUGAUGGGUUUGAUAUUGGAAAUAUUCAGCUGGAUAGUUUGAGGAGACAUGUUGGUCUGGUCUCUCAAGACAUUACACUCUUUUCUGGGACUAUUGCCGAGAACAUUGGGUAUAGGGAUCGAAUGACUAGCAUCGAUAUGGAUAGAGUUGAAGCUGCAGCCAGAACUGCCAAUGCUGGUGAGUUCAUUGGGAAACUACCCAAUGGAUAUCAAACAAGCGUUGGCCCCCGGGGCUCAGUCUUUAGUGUAGGCCAGAAGCAAAGAAUAGCUAUUGCAAGAGCAAUUUACCAAGAUCCUUCCAUUCUAAUUCUGGAUGAAGCAACUUCUGCAUUAGAUAGCAGAUCAGAGCUGUUGGUGAGGCAAGCUCUACAGCGUCUGAUGCAAAAUCGCACCGUGCUAAUCAUCGCUCACCGCUUGGAUACGGUGCUAAUGGCUGAACGAGUUUUCCAGUUAGAUAAUGGCGGCCUGCAGGAAAUAUCCCUUUCCUCACUACAUUCUCAACAGAGCAACAGUUUCCUGACUCUUGCAAUAUGAUGAUGAUGAUGGGAUCUGCAGGACACACACACACAUACACAAACACAGAGUUGUGAAUAAAGAUAGAAGAAAAUUGUGUAAUAAUGGUGGCAGUACAAGUAGUAAAUGUUUCAGAAUAUGACUAGGGUCAUUCUUUUUUUGCCAAACAAGCCAUAAAGAGUAGACAAAUUA